AUGAGCUCCAAAGUCACCCCUAUCAACUCCAAGAACGCACCUCCGGCUGCCGCCUGCUACUCCCACGCCAUCAGAGCCAACGGCUUUGUCUACGUCAGCGGCCAGAUCCCUUACACCCCAGACGGGAAGCCUAUCGAGGGUGACAUCAAGGCCAAGGCCGACCAGGUGCUCAAGAACGCCCUGGCCAUUGUCGAGGACUCCAACUCCAAGCUGGAAAACAUCGUCAAGGUCAACGUCUUCUUGAAGGACAUGGCCAACUUCGCCAAGUUCAACGAGGUCUACUCCACCUACUUCAACGCCCACAAGCCAGCCAGAUCCUGCGUCGCCGUCGUCGACUUGCCAUUGGGUGUCGACCUCGAGGUCGAGCUUGUUGCCGUCGAGAACUAG